AAUGGUCCGACACAGUCCUCCUUUUUCCUUCUUCUCUUCUACUUCUUCUCCUCCUUCUUGAAGGGCUCUCUGAUCGAUGUGUUCGACUCUACAAACCCUAAAACCGAAAACCAACUUAAUGGGUCAUCUCAAAACCGGUUUACUGCUAGUGGGUCGAGAUUGAACCCGUUCUUUUUUAGGUGAUCGGAAACAAAGAUUCCGCUGCCAAAGAAAGAUGAAAAAAGGACCAGACCAGACCAGUUGUGAGGCAAAUGGCUUUGAGAUUUUAGUUUAAGGGGUUCUCACGAUGGGUUUAGUCAAAUGCGGUGGUUCUUUGGAGUGGUGAAUAAGGAGUUUAGAGCACUUGUUUGAAAAUGGCGAGGCGUCAUGGAUGGGAACUGCCAGCUCACACAUUUCAGGUUGUGGCUAUCACGGUUUUCUUUUUGCUAUCUGUUGCAUAUUAUGCCUUCUUUGCUCCCUUUCUUGGAAAGGACAUCUAUGAAUAUGUGGCUAUUAGCGUCUACUCUGUCCUGGCACUCUCUGUUCUCAUUCUUUAUGUUCGAUGCACAGCUAUUGAUCCUGCUGAUCCUGGAAUUCUUCUUGAAGCUGACAAGACAUCAGCUUAUAAAUCACAUAAUGAAAUGGAUCUGCCAGGGAAUUCUUCUUCCAUUGAAGAACCUAGCAAGAUAGGAUUAAAGUAUGAAAGACAAUCUGAUAGGCAUGGUUCAACAUGGUGUUCCAAACUUGGAGGUUUCUUUUGUGGUUGUCUUGUAAGAGGGGAUUGCCGCAAAGAUGAAGACCUGUUGCAGCAACAAUCUGGAGAAGAAGAUGCUUUAUUCUGCACAUUGUGUAAUGCGGAGGUGCGAAAAUUCAGCAAGCAUUGCAGAAGUUGUGACAAAUGUGUUGAUGGAUUUGAUCAUCAUUGUCGAUGGUUGAAUAAUUGCGUGGGGAGGAAAAAUUACAUCACUUUUGUGUGCUUGAUGGCAGCUAGCCUUGUUUGGCUUAUUGUUGAAUUUGGUGUUGGCAUUGCUGUCCUUGUUCGAUGCUUUGUUGAUAGAAAAGGUACAGAAAGUGAGAUAAGCGAGAAACUUGGAGUUGGAUUCUCCCGUCCCCCCUUCGCUACUGUGGUGGCCCUCUGCACAGCUGUUUCUUUUCUUGCCACUGUGCCCCUGGGAGAACUAUUCUUUUUCCAUAUAAUUUUGAUUCGGAAGGGUAUCACAACAUAUGAAUAUGUUGUUGCAAUGAGAACACAAAGCGAACCACCUGGACAGUCUGCAGAUGGUGGAGAUCAGCAGAGUAUGCCUUCAUCACCUACAAGUUCAGCUGUCACUGCCAUAAGUGGUAGAAGCUCUCUUGGAAUGAGCUUGCAAUACAAAGGUGCUUGGUGUACCCCACCAAGAAUCUUCAUGGACCACCAGGAUGAAAUCAUCCCUCAUUUGGAGCCAGGGCGCUUACCAUCCACGGUAGACCCAGAUGCAGUACACUCACUGGACAAGGGUAAAAAAUUACCCCAACGUCCUGUCCGAAUUAGUGCAUGGAAACUUGCAAAAUUAGAUUCCAAUGAGGCAGUUAAAGCGGCUGCCAAAGCUAGAGCAUCGUCAUCUGUCCUUCGUCCAAUAGGGUCUCGACAUCAUUCAUACAGUGUUGAUCAACUAUCUAGUAGUAAUGUGAGUGGAAGAAGCAGUCCCAUCAGUACUGAUCAUGGGUUUCAGAGUAAAAAUGCUAGGGCAGGGGCAUUGAGCUCAUAUCCUCCAAGUCGUGCUAGCAGAGAAGAUGCUGAAUCAUUUGGCCACAGUGUUGGCAACAUUAGCAGUCCUCAUCUUUCCAGCAUAACCCCCUCUUUGGCACAACAAGAUUCAAAUAGAGAACAUUUCAACCCCAUGUACCAAAUGUCAGCCAAUCAAUCUCCUUUGUCAACUAAACAAAGUGAAGAGAAUGAAAAUGCUGCCCGUGAAAAUGCUGCACAUGAAAAUGCUGCUGGAUAUCCUUUCAGAAAAAGUUCAAGUGCUACAGAAAGCUCAAGAACUUCAGUUUUUUGGGAUCCAGAAGCUGGGCGCUUUGUUUCUUCAUCUUCCAGAAGUGCUGGUUCUUUGCAGGUUCCUGGAACAGAGCUUUUAUAUACUGGUCAAUCGAUAUUUUUUGGUGGUCCUCUUAUGAAGGAGCAGCUUAACCGAGGAACAAGGAGUGGUAGUUCAUUGUCUGUUGGCUUGGAUAGAGGUUCUACAUCGAGUCAUUAUCAGCAGGGUAGAUCACAGAGAGGUGGCCAGCUACCUGUGUUUGUUCCUAGUGAUUCUCAACAAAAGCAAUUUUCAUCUAGGUUGCCUUGAGCACCGAAAUAAGGGAAACUAUUUGGUUUUCAACAUAGCUUGUGUUAGAAGUUAAAAUUUUCAUUUAAUUUGGUUUAUUUUCUUGUGCAGCCUGUGGAUAUCUGCUGCACGGUUUAGGUUCUUAGCUUGAAUGCAAUUUAGUUGUCAAUUCAAGGCAGUUUUUUUACCUUCGUUUUUUUAUUCAGAGCAAACUGAAACUAUUUAGCUCUACAAAAUCAAGCAGUUUAUUCGGGCAUGGGGCAUGGCCUUGUUAUCUAAAGGGUUUUCCAUCGUUGUAGUUACCUGCUAAUUAUAAUAUAGAAAUUAUAAUUUCAUUUAA